CCCCCGCUCUCCCCUGGCAGGGACCCCCGUCAGCCAGUGUCCUGUGACCUCAGUGAUGACAAGUCCUGGUUAGACGGCCCGUGUCCUGACUGUGUGCCCCAAAGAUGCAUCAUUCCCUACCAAAUGUUCUCUCUUGACCGAUUGGACUCAUUCUCAUUCCGCCCAGACCGGCCUCUGAGCACCCAGAUCAGCGUCCUUCUGACCCAGCAUGUGCGACCCCCUGCACCCAAGGACCUGCAGAUCAGAGCCUCUGGGGACCAGGUCCUGCUGAACUGGAGCAUGGCCCUGGGGCCUCCCGGCAGCCUCUGGCUGUCGGACCUGGAGUACGAGGUGGUCUACAGGCGACUUGAGGACGGCUGGGAGGACGCCCUCACCAUCUACUCCAACUCCACCCAGGCCGCGCUGGGGCCCCAGCACCUCCUGCCCAGCAGCCCCUACCUGGCCCGAGUGCGCGCCCGGCUGGCCCCAGGCUCGGGGCUGUCUGGGCAGCCCAGCCACUGGAGCCCCGAGGUGCAGUGGGACUCCCCACCAGGGGACGAGGCGCAGCCCCAGAGCCUCCAGUGCUUCUUCAACGGGCUCGACGCGCUCAGCUGCUCCUGGGAGGUGAGGUCCGAGGUGACCAGCUCCGUGUCCUUCUCCCUCUUCUACAAGCCCGGCCCCGACAGAGAGGAGAAGGAGUGCUCCCCAGUGCUGACGGAGGCCAGCGGCCCCUACACCCGGCACCGGUGCCAGAUCCCCGUGCCCGACCCCGGGGUCCAGGGCCACUACACCGUCUCCGUGCGGCCCAAGGACGAGGAGAAGCUCAUCAAGAGCUCCAAGAACAUCCAGCUGGCGCGCCCCACCAUCAAUGUGACCAAGGGUGAACAUGGGUACAUGCUGCACUGGGAGGCAGAGAAAAUGCUUCGCCACAUCGGGCAAACCUUCCAGGUCCAGUACAGGAAGGAUGCAGCCUCGUGGGAGGAUGCUGAAGAUGAUAUUGUGCUGACCAUACACCGCCUCACGCUCUCACGGCUGGCGCCGUCCAGCAGGUAUGGGGCCAGGGUGCGGGUCAGAACCAGCUCUGCGGAAUACAGCAGCAUCUGGAGCGAGUGGAGUGCGGAGUGCACCUGGGACACAGAGUGGGUGCUGCCCACGUGGGCUGUGCCACUCCUCCUGGUCCUUAUCACUCUUGCCUUGCUCCCUGUCCUGCGCUUCUGUGGCACCUACUGCUACAGAUUGACCCAGAAGUGGGAGGAGAAAAUCCCCAGCCCCAGCAAGAGCCACCUGUUCCAGAACGGGAGUUCAGGGCUCUGGCUCCCCAACAAGGUGCAGGUCCUCAGCGGCGGGUGCCCCCAACUCAAGGGGCCCUGGAACAGCCUCAUCCUGGAGCCUCAGGGCGUGUUCCCUGUGGACUUCGGGCGCAGCGAGGUGUCUCUGCUCACCACACAGGACCCUAAGGACGCCGCUGACUCCCCUUGUGAACCUGACACCAGUCCAGCUGCCUCAGACCCGCCCAUGGCGCCACCCCCCAGUGCCCCACAGGGCCAGUCCACCCCCUCCAGCAGACCUAAGAGCCAGGCUUCUGGCUUUGACUUCAAUGGCCCUUACCUGGGCGCCCCCCACAGCCGCUUCCUUCUAGACAUGCUGGGCUCACAGCUGCCCCCACAGGCCAGCUUGAGCCACAGGACGCCCCCUCCAGGGUCCCUGGAGUACAUGUGUCUGCCUCCGGGGGGCCAGGUGCAGCUGGUCCCGCUGGCCCAGGUCAUGGGGCAGGGCCAGACCCCACAUGUGGACAGCAAGCCCCGUCCAGGCACGGAGGGGAGCCCCUCACUGCAGUCAGGCACAGACCCUCCCCACUCUGCUCCUGGGUUCACGACUGGGGCAGUGGGCCCCAAGGACAGCCCCCCAGCUGUGUCCACCACCUCUGGGCACCCUGAGGACAGCAUCAGGGCCUCUGGUUAUGUCACCCCUGCUGACCUGGCUCUGUCCCCUCCCAUGGGGACCUGGUCUACCUCCCAGUCUCCUCCUCUGGGCCUCCCCUCCUCAGAACUGCACCCCAGCCUCUGUCCUGGCCUGGCCAGUGCCCCCCCUGGAGGCCCAGCUCCUGUGAAGCCAGAGCUUGAGGGCUAUGUGGAGCUUCCCGCAACCACAGGCCAGCUUCCCACAUCCCUCGGGUCAGUUCCACCCCUCUUGUCCCCAGUAGUCCUGUCUUGAGCCCAGGGCAGCCCCCAGCAGAUGUGACUCCGAUCUCCCCACACCCCGAGGGGUCUAGUCCUGCAGCCAAUGGGAGACUAUAUCCUACCUUCCAGCUUUG